AUGUAUUCCUGCAGCAGUGGAAGGCCAUUCCCGUGUCCCCCACCGCAGAGUUCAGGAUGCGACCUCUUCCACAUGAGCAAGCUUCUCCUCGAAAGGCCGGAUUUGGUGGUGUCUUGCCCCUCUGCCUUCAUCGAUCAAGCGGUGUACUACUACGUCAACACCGCUGCGGAGCCAGCUGCCCGGAUAUACGCCAAAGCCUUCAUGAGCGGUUUCGUCAAUAUCGGAGGCCUUGCCAGUUUGCUGGUGGAGCUGACGUCCCAAGUGAUGUUUCAUGGAAGCGCUGCGGGCGUUUUGAUCGCCAGCUUGGUCACGAAUCCAACGCCCGUCAACCUGGACAAUGCCAUCGACGCGCUCAUGGAAAGCGGCAAGCCGGCGAGCCCCUACAGCCUGAAAGCUUUCUGGCAGUGGCUCACGGGGAAGAAGAAGAUCGCAUACUUGAGCCUGAGCGGCCAGCCGCAUCAACGCUUCCGGCCUCCUAUGGCGAAGCUGGUUUGCGUCAAGAAUGACACUGCCACCAGCGAGUCUGAGCUCCCGGCCUUCGUGGGCUUCAACUCCAAUGGAACCAUGGUCCCCGUCACGGCCCGGCGCCUGGCGUUGCUUCUCAUGGCCCUGGCCUCCGGGAAGUUCGAGUUCCUGGAUCGGUUUCUACCGAGGCUGGCUGCCUUCGAGCACAAGGUCUUGGUCUUUGCCCAGAUGACCAGCUCCCUGGAUCUUUUGGAAAAGCUGGUUCAGCGGCAGGGUCUGCGCUACACUCGAAUCGACGGCUCCAAGACUAUGAGGCAGCGGGCACAAGCUAUUGCAAGCUUCACGCAGGAGGCAGUGCCUGUGAUGCUGCUCACCACACGCGCUGGUGGUUUGGGGCUGAACCUCCAAGCAGCCGACACUGUCAUCCUCUUUGACAGCGACUGGAAUCCCCAGGCGGAUCUUCAGGCAUCCGACCGUGCACAUCGCAUCGGCCAGACAAGGCCUUGGUCCUGCCCGCACUGUGAGUCACUGAGCCCAGGGUGUGUGCGUCUGCGUGCAUGA